ACAUCGCAUAUAAGAAUUCUUAUUAGAUCUCAUAGUGCGAGGUAGCAUAGAAUCUUAUACGAGUACCUGCAUUGUUUACAUUCGCAUCCAACUGUCAUUGGAAGCAAAUCAGUGUACGAGUUCGAGUUUUUGCUUCUGCUCUUGUGUCGAGUUUUUCGAUUCUAAAAUCCCUAAUUUUCUGAAAUCAUACGCAAGAUGUUCACCGUGGCUCAAUUUUUUGAGAAGCAACAGCUACGUGUGCUUGCUGUUCCGGUGUCAUGGGUCCGAGAUGGAUGUUUGUUGUGGCCCAAACUUCCAUCGAACGAGAAGAUUGAAAAACUUCGGAACGGAGGAUGCGAGUUCCAUGGUGCAACGAAGAGAAUUCCGGUCAUUGUGAGCCGGAAAUAUAAAAGCCUGCACUCGGCAGAGGCUGCAGCCGAAGACCUACUAAAACAGGAAGUAUCGGAUAUUGAAACCAAGCGAAAAUUGCUGAAGCACCGUAAAUCUAAGCCCGAGGAAUCACGCCCUUUGAAAGACUACAACAAAAUUAUUAGUGAAAUCGCCUCAUCUAAAAAACCCGCACUCGAUUCUGACAUCGCGAUUCAUCAGCAAGAGCAUCCUGGAACUAUUGCAGCAUCAUCUCAGCUAGUUCAGCUGCCACCACAAGAUUAUUCUUCCGUUCCGACAUAUAUUCAGCCUCGAGAAUUGGGACACCAAACACAGCGACCGCCGAUUAAUUCGCUGCCUGUUAAAACUGAUCGGGCGCAGCUAGCGGCCAACUUUGUUGAAACGGUACAAGCUCUCGGAACACAGUCUGUGACCCAAAGCGAGACGGGAUACUUACCCCAAGUUAUCUUCAAAAAGCCGGUCGAUCAAAGUAACCGCGCUAAAUCAUCUGACAUUGCUAGGCCACGUCAAAUCCAACGAAACGAAGAACCGUUUCAUAGAGAUGAAGCCGCCCAUGCUGUAUUGGAACUACCGGAUGGUGAGCAGCAAUUCCAGUCUGUAUAUGUGACAGAUGAUAACAUCGUCUACCUCAAUCCAACGCUAAACAAUCCAGAUUCCAUUGAUUCCUCAGGCAAUAUUAUGGACUCGAUCGGUGAAAUAAAAGUUGCAAUGGAAUCGUUGAAGUCUGCUAUAACAAAUGUGGGAACAACAGUCAAUACGUUGCGAGCUGAAGUGAGCGAAAUGAGGAAUGACAUGACUCGCUUCAAAGAUGGUAUAAAAGAGACGGUACGACAGGUGGUGGAGGAUUGCUUGGAGAAAAGUUUCCCACGAUUCGCUACAAUGCUGGAUAUGGACAGUAAGGGCCACACUACGUCGGAACAUUCUACUGUUGAGGAGCAUAAACUCAUUAACGACGAGGAGGACUUAUUCGCAUUCAACAAGACUCUGUCAAGCAAACAAGUAUUUGAUGAUUACGUCAAAUAUUUCACAAAAAUCAUCCCGCCUAUUACAUAUUACGCUAAGGGAGAUUCCGCAUGCUACUUACUCGUUGACUGUUUGUUCACACGAGCAUUCUGGAACAGCUUUACCUGGACCGGCAUCAACAGAGGAAACAAAUCUAAACGAGGAUUUCGUGAAUUCGCGAAUGUGCUUCAGCUUCUAUUGGCAAUUGUUAGCGUUGGUGAUCCAACCUAUACCAACAUGAAAUUGGAAGCGUUCUGUAAGAAUCGGCUAUUCCGCUACUCAAAAACGAGGUCUUCAAGUAAGCAACUACGGAAGUCUACGUGUCGGCGUACAAAGACUAAGAAGGACGAUGCAAAUGAAAAUCACGAUGGGGCUGAGCAGGUUAACUAUGGCAGUUACGAUGAUGGUCCGGAUAACGGUGAAUCGUUUGAUGAUGACGAGCUUGGUGAUACGCCGAUGGAUAAUAUCACGUCUGGCUCAAACCAAGAUGAUUCUGAUGAUGAGGUGGAUCGUGAUAUUGAUGUCAAAUCUCAUGUUGAAGUUUUGAUGAACUCUGAUGACGAAUAAUGAAGAUGUUUGGAAGAUGGAAGGGGCAAUAUGCCCCUUUUGUUUUUUUGCAAAUGCAUAACGAAUGUUGAUUUUUGUUGAA